ACAGUACAUCGGGAAAAAAUUGCGGGAAGCACGAACUCAAUAAAAUGUUUUUUAAAUUUAUCAAGGACUCAAUUUACGGAAUAAACCAACCAAGCAAAAAAUUUAUCAAUUUUCCUGUAUCUUCAAAUUUAUUGGAAAAUUUAAGAUGUCAUAGUUCAGAUGAAUAUCCGGUUUUAAGUUCAGAGGAUGAGUCACCUAUACCUCCAUUAGCCUGCAGUUUCAGUAAAGGUAAAAACACGGAACAUGUUCUAGCAUUGGUUGAUGAAUGUGGUAGUGUGGUACUAUACAACACCAACCUAGCUGGUGAACAAGCAUACAUCACAGAUUGGAUAGCACACAGUAAUGCUGUAUUUGAUGUAGAAUGGAUGAGAGAAGAACAGAAACUUCUCACCGCAUCAGGAGAUCAGACUAUAUGUCUGUGGGAUGUACCAAACAAGAAAAAACUGCUCACGUUUAAAGGUCACAGCAGCUCUGUGCGGUCCGUAAAGUACCGACCACAAGAUGAUGCCGUGUUUGCCUCCGGUAGUAGAGAUGGCCAUGUUAGAUUAUGGGAUACUAGAUGUAAUGUUAAAGGUGACAAAGUUAGUUGCAUAGGAGUGAUAAAAAAUGCUCAUAGUGUAUUACAACAAACUUCCAGUAAGAGGAAGAAAUCUCGUCUUGGUCCCAUGACAUCACAGGAUUGUCAGCAGUCAGUGACCUGUGUUGUCUUCCAGAAUGAUAAUAUGUUGACCACAUCAGGAGCUGUCGAUGGAUGUGUGAAGGUUUGGGAUAUUAGGAAAAUAAAACCGGAUAGUGCCUCAGCUGUGUAUAAUUUUCCAUACACCGGGAGCUCGAAAAGAACACACGGGUUUUCCAGUCUAACAUUUGACUCGUAUUUUACGAAGUUGUAUGCUAACUGUACAGAUGAUGUCAUCUACUGUUAUGAUUUUAUCUCAUAUAAACCUGAACCAGUGUGUACAUAUAAGGGGCACAGGAAUACAUCAUUUUAUGUAAAGUCUGUAUUAAGUCCAGACAAUGAAUUUUUACUGAGUGGAUCUACAGAUGAACAGGCUUAUAUCUGGCAGGUAAAUAAACCAAAUGCCAGUCCUGUCAUAUUGAAAGGUCAUAGAAGUGAGAUAUCAGAUGUUGCUUGGUGUAAUACAGAUUUAUAUAGGCUGGUCACAACAUCAGAUGAUAACACUGUAAGAGUAUGGAGAUAUGAUUCUACGGCUGAUAUAAGGAAGAAGUUAGGAAGGACAGAUAUAUCAUGUGGUAUCACAGGCUCUGCUGAGAGAACACACAGAGAUAUAGGAACAUCAGUUGAUUCGGGUCCACAGACUCCCAAACGUUCCCCCAAGGCAGCCAUGAAGAGAUCUGCUACAUUACCAUUUGGACCUGUCAAAGCUGUUACCCCCAAACAAGCAAAGAUCAGUGUACAGGCAUCACCAUCUCCCUCCAUAAAGAUGUGGCUCAAACGAAGUGCUAGUGCUCCUGAUGCUCACACAUCUGAUUCCAUAAGAAACAAAAAUGUUCCUUCUACAUCUGGUAAUACUGGAACAGAAAAAUUGGCAGACAAUAAAACUUCUUCCAUUAGUGCUGUACCAACUGGGGCAGAAUCCUCUAGUGCUGCUAAGAAACCAAAAUUUUAUACAGUUGAUACUCAGAGAGACAAAAGACUAACUGAAAAUAGUGAAGUGAAAUGUGUUAAGGAAAAUAAAGAUAGUCAAAAAAAUGAGAAACAAAAUGUUCGGAAGUCAUGCAAAAGAAAACUGGUUGAUGAUGAUGAGAAUUCACCAGAAAAAC